AUUUACACAUUCAAUUAUUACACAACUUUUCUUUUUAAUCCUUUUAUAUACAUAUUGCAUAUAUACUACUUUUUUAGUUAUAUCUCCGACAAUGUGCGACAACAAUUGCAACACCAGGCACAAAUUCGCCGCUGUCCUGUCGAGCACCUUCAGGCUGUUUACCUCCUACUCCUGUAACAUGUGCGGCAGAGUCUUUUCCGACAUAUACGAGGCUAAUGAUCACCUUAAGGAGAACCACUUUUUCCCGCCGCUAGAGUGAAGAAGAAUGUAGCAUUUCGUAUCUGUUGGACCUUCAACCACAGUGACAAAUCUGCCCACUAGAAUUCGUGAUAUCUGCACUAUCGCAUCUGCGCCAAGCACGGCCUACCAUACACCAUUACACUUUUAUAUCAUCUCACUUUCAACUUUGCUGGCUGUCCACCAGCCUACCCUAUAUCCAUUAUAUCCCGUCGCCUCUCUCUCUCUCUCUUAUCUGUCUAUCUGUCUGUCUGUAUUUACUUAUUUAUCAAUCUCUUCUUUUUCUAUAAUUCUCCAGCAAGCUGUACAUUUAUAUAGUAUUGUCACAAUUUUUCUUUAAACUUACACGUUGUUUAUUUUUCCUUCGUUACCAUGUAUCAAUACAAAUGAACUUUAACA